AUGGCGGCGUCCAUGACAUUCAGUCCCCUGCAUUGCUUGACCUUUUGGCUUCUGCUUGCGCUGCUCGCUCGCUCAGUAGCCAUCUCGCUGUCGAGCAGUACGAGCAGAGGCGGCCGUCAUGAGCACAAUCCUCAGCAUUCCAGCGCCUACAUCGUUUACGCUGACCACGUCGCCAAGCCGUCCAACUUCACCACCCUCGAGCACUGGUACACCUCCAUGGUGGGCUCCCUCUCCCCGGCCGCCAACUCCACCCACUUCUUGUACGUGUACGACACCGUGAUGCACGGCUUCGCCGCCGAGCUCACCGUCGACGAGGCCCGGCGCGUGUCGAACACUCCGGGCGUGACCGGCGUGUUCAAGGACAAGGCGGUGCAUCUGCACACUACCAGGUCCCCGGCCUUCCUCGGCCUCGACAAGGACUCUGGCAUCUGGCCGGACACGGACUUCGGCGACGGCAUCAUCAUUGGCUUCGUCGACAGCGGCAUCUGGCCGGAAAGCGCCAGCUUCAACGACAUCAGGCUCACCCCGUCCGGCCGAGCUGGAAGGGCUGGUGCGCCAACGGCGAGCGGUUCAACGCUAGCAUGUGCAACAACAAGCUAG